AUUAACUAAUAAUGGAAAGAAGGAAUGCUAAUAAGAGAACUAAAGCCAAGACUAAAUCUCCUGAGUUUAGGAUUGUACUCAAACCCACGAAGAGGAAAUAAAUCCAUUCUGAAUUCAACCAGAGGGAGUAACUUUUGGAGGAAGAAGUCGAAAGGUAAUAGUUCAAUCUCCCUUCCGAAAAUUGCCCGACCACUCAAUCAGAUUAAGCAAAUUAAGAGUUUGUUUAAAACUGCCAGGCAAAGGGGGAAGAGGGAUAACCAACGUUUGUCUGUGAAGAUUGUCAAACCUCAGAAUAUCAAGAAAAAGAAGAAGGUCAAGAGGAGGAACUUUGAAACAAGGUCAAGGAAAAACUCCUUCCUUAGUCGAAUGGAGUACUCUAGCACAAAGAGUAAUCGCAGCCAAAGGUCAAUACAACUUGAAGAAAUUGAGAAUACAAACCCAAAAGAGAACAGUAUUAUAAUUGAAGAAGAAAAGGAAAUAGAGGAUAGCACUAAAUACUCCGAUGCAAAAAAGAAGCAACCUCUGGUGUUACCUUCUAUCCUUAACAAGAACCCUCAUAUGAAGAAGGGUACCAAGAAGAGGAUAAGUUUUCAAAACCAAAACCAGCCGACAUAUACCUACAGCUUGAAGUUUGAGCGGAGCAAGCUAGGAAUAAUGAGCACCAGGGUUAUUAAAGAACAAGUUAAUAAAAUUAGAAAGAAAUGUCAAUCUAUAGCAAGUAAUUUCAGUGAGAAGGAUGAUGAUGACAUGGUUAGUACCACCGACACACCCCAAAAACGUGUUAAAUUUAUUCAAAAGGUUGCUAAAAGUCCUAAGGUGAACAGAAACCACAGAUAUUCCAACAACCAGAGACUUUUAAGCACCUUAAACAAGUCUCCAAAUAAGAACCCGAGGAAAAAGAAAAUGAGGCGAUCGUUGAACAUCAGGCCACUAAGAAAAUAA